GUUUUUAUCUCAUUGGUUGCUAGCGGCUUGGUGACCCGGAUACUGUGUAGUGAUUGGUGGGUGGCUGGGGCGGAAGAUUUCAAUUCCUCGAGUGGUCCUGCUCUUUUCGGCUGGUUAUUUAGUGAUAUCCGGUGUGGGGAAGGAGCGAAGAGAUUGAGGGAGAGCUCGGCUUGGGGUACUAUGCGGUGAUCUCGGCUCCUUCCUGGAUGAGGAGAGGCAGGAAACAUCAACAGCUCUCCAGGUUCCACACUAGUGGGGAAGAAUCGUAAAAAACCAUGGCAGAUGGACACUCUUUUUCAUCAGAUGGUUACUCAAAGUCUUCUGGUCUUAAUUUUCGCACAAAUUGUCGAAUGGUACUAAAUCUACUGAGGGACAGAGAUGCAUCUGUUAUAUAUUCUCCAGAGCAACCUUUAACGCCAGUCACUGACCUUGCAGUGGGCUUCAGUAACUUAAGCACUUUCAAUGGUGAGACCCCAAAACGUUGCUUGGAUCUGUCUAACCUGAGUUGUGAUGAACCUGUCCUUCAAGCUUUUGUGUCGCCUGUUAAAACAGCAACAGGUAAGGGAGAUUCGCCAAAGUCACAGUGUUUACAGCUAGAAGAUUUUCAUACUCCAGAACCUCAAAAUGAACCAAAGAAAUGCCCUAAAGGAACUACAAAUGCAUCUCUGCCAAGACUCCUCUGCAGCACCCCAAGUUUUAAAAAGGUUUCUGGACGUCAAAAGGAUUCUAGUAAUAAAGAAAAUGAGGGUGGGCUGUUUAAGAAUCCAGGUAACCCCUGUUCUAUGCUGCUUCUCCGGGAGGUAGCUGUGACACCGAUAUCUCCAACAUUUGGAACCAAAGAUGACCUCUGUACAGUGGAUGACUCCGAACUGCGCGUCCUAGCUUCUCCUAUCAGUUCUGCUCCAGCUGGUGUUGAUGAGGACAAAAUGGGAGACCUUGAUGGGUUCUCCGAAUUUUUUGCUAUGGAUGAAGAAGAGGAGCCAGAGAAUCCAUCCACAGCUGCUGCUAAUUUGUCCUCAUCAAUGGCCAUCUUACUUUCUGGACCUUUGAUGUCUCAAGAGAUGGAUGUGAGCAAUGUGUCUAUGAAUCGAAGCAGGCUUUAUCGAUCACCGUCUAUGCCAGAGCAGCUAGACAGGCCUGUUUUGAAGAGAUCUGUACGGCCCCAAGAUGGGGAGACCCCUGUUAAGGUGAAAAGAAGACGCAGUACAAGCAGUCCACGCCAGCCUGAUGAUGAAGAAAAUUUUCAGCGGAGAAGACGGGGAGCAUCUCUGAAAAAGACCCUGUCUCUUUGUGAUGUAGAUAUUACUGAAGCUUUGGAUGAGGACUAUAGUCACAGACAACUAAUUGGAGAUUUUUCAAAGGUUUAUGCUUUGCCCACUGUGACUGGACGACACCAGGAUCUUCGCUAUAUCACUGGAGAGACUCUGGCAGCAUUAAUUCAAGGAGAGUUUAGCAGUCUUGUGGAAAAAGUCUACAUUAUUGACUGCCGAUAUCCUUAUGAAUACGAAGGGGGCCAUAUUCAGGAUGCAUUAAACCUCCACCGAGCAGAAGACAUGUUGGCUUAUUUUCUAAAUCAACCUCUAGUUCCAUCUGUGGAACAAAAGCGCAUUAUUUUGGUGUUUCAUUGUGAGUUCUCCUCAGAAAGAGGUCCAAAAAUGUGCCGUUUUUUAAGAGAGGAAGAUCGGGCCAGGAAUGAAUAUCCAAGUCUUAAUUAUCCAGAAGUGUAUCUGCUUAAAGGGGGUUACAAAGACUUUUUCCCAGAAUACAAGGCAUUGUGUGAGCCUCAGGGAUACUGCCCUAUGCAUCACCAAGAUUACAGAGAAGAACUUCUAAAAUGUCGUACAAAGAGCAAAUCCUGGGUAGGCGAUCGCAAAAGGAGGGAUCAAAUCGCCAGGCUGAUGAAGCUGUAAUGUGGCAAGUGUAAACUCAAUCGCACUUCUGUAGCUGCUCAUCCAUUUUCCAACCUUGCUGCUUGAACUGCCUUAAAAGACCUGAAAUGGCUUGACUUGUACCACUGACACUGUGAAAUAAUUUUAUUAAAUGUAUUCUUUGUGAAAAUGUGGCAGUGUGGAAUAUGCAUUUAUGUGAUGUGGACUGACAACCUGAUCGUCUGUGUAUGCAAAGGAGCGCUGGAAUGGAUCAAUCAUGUAUCUUGGUUUUCUUUUAUUAGUUAUGUUUAGUAUCCAUUUAAGUGUCUACAUGUUUGCUUAAAGUGUAUGUAAAACCUAACAAAAAAAAAACCUUUUUUUCCUUUUGGUCUGGUAAAUGUACUAUUGAAAGGGUUUUGUUAUACCUGUUUGGCAAGUGCAAAAAUACUCUGAUCCUGCCAGAAAUCCAAUGCGCUUGUUAUAUCCUGUACACUCCUUUUUAGUGUUCUAAACAUCCUGUCCUAGGGGGACAAUCCUGCUCUAUAGAAUACAGUGAGGACAGGAAGCGUGUACUGGCAGGAUCACGAGAUGAAAGUAAAUGAGGGGACAAAGGUAAUGCAACAACCUCAUCUAAGGACUGGUAAGCUUCAAUAUAUAAAAUUUGUAUUCUUGAGCCUUGCUACACUUUUAAAAUCAUGUUUGGCCUACAAGCCAAAAGUCGUGGUGGCCUACAAGCUGCUACUAAAAUAUCAUUCCUGAAAGUACAAUUUAUUGAAUUUCAUAGAGCGAUUUAGAAAUGGUGUCAUAUCUGUGAGAGAAAAGGUGGCGGAGGUGCUUCUAGCCAUCAAAAUCGGCUACUGGUUUAUUUUGGGCCAUGUAAGUAGCA